UGGCACGUUGCGUACCUCCCUCCCAGCAACCGGCCUGGCGGCAUCGCGGCCAUAAAACUGAGGAGGCGGAGCUGAGACCGGCCGGGACUGCUCGCUAGCUCCAAGACCAGAAAUUGCAGAAUCUGCGUGGCCAAAGUACAUCCAUGUUUGAGAUCAGAGUUUUGGGGCUGACGCUGUGGAGUUUCUCUAAACAAAUCUUUAGACUCUAUAAAUUUGUUUAAGUUUUUGAAAUUGAAGUAGGUCUACACAUUAGGAACUCAUGUCUUUUCUUGUAAGUAAACCAGAGCGAAUUAGGACCAAUGAGGCGAGCUCAGAGUCGAUAGCGUCGUUCUCCAAACAAGAGGUCAUGAGCAGCUUUCUGCCCGAGGGAGCGUGCUACGAGCUGCUCACCGUUAUAGGCAAGGGAUUUGAGGACCUGAUGACCGUGAACCUAGCCAGAUACAAACCCACAGGAGAGUAUGUGACGGUGCGAAGGAUUAACCUGGAAGCUUGUUCCAAUGAGAUGGUGACAUUCUUACAGGGGGAGCUUCAUGUCUCUAAACUCUUCAACCACCCCAACAUCGUGCCCUACCGAGCCACCUUCAUUUCAGACAACGAGCUGUGGGUUGUCACGUCAUUCAUGGCGUACGGUUCUGCAAAGGAUCUCAUCUGCACGCACUUCAUGGACGGCAUGAGCGAGCUGGCCAUUGCUUACAUCCUGCAGGGGGUGCUCAAGGCGCUGGACUACAUCCACCACAUGGGAUACGUGCACAGGAGCGUCAAAGCCAGCCACAUCCUGAUCUCUGUGGAUGGGAAGGUCUACCUGUCUGGUUUGCGCAGCAACCUCAGCAUGAUCAGCCAUGGGCAGCGGCAGCGUGUGGUCCACGAUUUUCCCAAGUACAGUAUCAAGGUUCUGCCGUGGCUCAGCCCGGAGGUCCUACAGCAGAAUCUUCAAGGGUACGACGCCAAGUCUGACAUCUACAGUGUGGGGAUCACAGCCUGUGAACUGGCCAAUGGCCAUGUCCCCUUUAAGGACAUGCCUGCCACCCAGAUGCUGCUGGAGAAGCUCAACGGCACGGUGCCCUGCCUGCUGGACACCAGCACCAUCCCCGCCAACGAGCUGACCAUGAGCCCCUCCCGCUCGGCCGCCAGCUCCGGCCUGGGGGAGAGCCUGGCCACGGGCGCCCCUCGGCCCUCCAACGGCGACUCGCCUUCCCACCCCUACCACCGCACCUUCUCUGCCCACUUCCACCAUUUCGUGGAGCAGUGCCUUCAGCGCAGCCCGGACGCCAGGCCGAGUGCCAGCACCCUCCUGAGCCACGCUUUCUUCAAGCAGAUCAAGCGGCGUGCCUCUGAGGCCUUGCCCGAGCUGCUCCGGCCCGUCACCCCCAUCACUAGCUUUGAGGGCAGCCAGUCCCAGGACCACAGUGGCAUCUUUGGCUGGUGUCCAACCUGGAAGAGCUUGAGGUGGACGACUGGGAGUUCUGAGCGCCGAGGAGCAGGCCCGCCGGGAUGUGUGCGCUCCGCCCCAAGGACUGGCAUGCCUCAACCUCCUGCAGCAUCCCGGCUGGCAAGGACUUUCCCCUGGGAGAGCGGCUCUGCCGACUGCGACGGAGGUUCUGGAGAGACUUGCUUACCGGCCCGAGCCCUGAGACACAGGGCCGUCCGGAAGCUGCGCCCCCAGCCUUGAGAGCGCAGGAGACUGCCCAGAGGGAAGAGGGGUGGCCACGGCCCUGUGCGCCGCAGUGUGAGCCCGGGGUUUGACACACGCCCAGGAAGCCAUCACCUCCGCUUGCCCCCGCCUGCUCUCCUGGCAGCCAGUUCCAUCCUCCCCUUGGCUCUGAUCCCGCAGGUCGGGGUCGGGGGUCAGGGUCAGGUGGUUAGCAGCCUCCCCCCUUCUCCUGGACCUCCCCAGAGCCGAGGGGCUCUCCGGCUCUGGAAGCACCAGGUGCAGGCUGGGGCCAUCCAGCCUCAGCCGCUGUCGCUUGGGCCCCGACACCAUAGGUCAGCUGUAUGGCUCAUUCCGUUCCCACCAAGAAUCCGUCCUCACACCUGCUGCCGGCUGCCUCGCUACUUCCUCCAAGGGCCGGCGUGUCUGCCCUCACCCCAGGGCUCAGUUCUUCCUGCUGGGUCAGUUUUGUCAGAGCAAAUUAAAAUUUUCAGUCUGGGAGAA